AUGAAAUAUUGCCCAUCAUGGAAUCUUCAAUCUCGAACUGUAGCGGAUACGCUACCUGAGCUCUUGAUAACUUCAACGUGGCACUUUUUCAUCUUUUGUUUUUCAUUACAACUCUUCCUUGAUACCCCCUUACACGAAAUCUCACAAUCAUGGCGCAAGACCCUCGAGCUCUCCUCCAAAAGGUUCCGCAGCAACCCCUCCCCCGCCUUGAUCCUCGUCUUGGCCGUUGGAAACGAUCUUUUGCUGACGCAUCGCAAUGUUCAGGCUCAGAAGCAGCUCCAAAGCGCCGGUGGCGGCUUCAGCUUCUUUGGAGGGCGAGAGGAUAAGUACCAAGAGGCUGCCGAUCUCUUUACCCAGGCCGCCAAUGCCUUCAAGAUGCAACAACAGAACCUCGAGGCCGGAAAGGCUUUCGAACAAGCCGCGCAAGUCCAAACCGAUAAGCUCAAGGAGCCCGAUGAUGCCGCCAACACCCUCGUCGAUGCAUUUAAGGCCUACCGCAAAGACGACCCCCAGGCUGCCGCGAGGUGCUUGAACGUUGCUGUCGACCGAUACUGCGCCAAGGGCAACUUCCGUCGCGCAGCCUCUCACAAGGAGAACCUUGGUGAGCUGUACGAGGUGGAUCUUGGUGAUGCGAAGAGCGCGAUCGAAAGCUACGAACUCGCUGCCACUUGGUACGAGGGUGAUAACGCAGCUGCUCUUGCCAACAAGCUAUGGCUCAAGGUUGCCGAUGUGGCCGCCCUCGAGGGCGACUACUACAAGGCCAUCGAGAAAUACGAAAAGGUGGCUGAGCAGUCAAUCAACAACAACCUCAUGAAGUACAGCGUCAAGGACUACCUGCUCAAGGCAGGUAUCUGCCACCUUGCCAGCGGCGAUCUUGUCGCUGCUCAGCGCGCCCUCGAGAAGUACCGCGAUAUGGACCCCUCAUUCGGCGCUCAGCGAGAGCACCAGCUCCUAUGCGACUUGUGCGAGGCUAUCGAGGCCAAGAGUCAGGAGCAGUUCACCGACCGUCUGUACCAAUUCGACCAGAUCAGCAAGUUGGAUAAGUGGAAGACAACGGUCUUGGUCCGUGUGAAGAACCAGAUUGAGGAGGCCGAUGACGAGUUUGCGUAA